AGUUUAAGCGGAAUUGUAAAGGAUUUAAUUAGUUGAUUAAAUUAAAUUUUCAAUGAUUUAAUUUGAUUAACUGGUAUUUGAGAUCUUAACAUGGGGAAUUAAAAUAAGUGUUAUUGAAUUUUCGAAAUUUAUAUUGAGGAGUUCAAUUGUAGUUUUUUAGUGGAAUAAAUUGCAAUUAAUUAUAGUAAGAAUUAAUUCAUGCUAAUUUUGAACUAAUGCUAUAAUUGGUAGUCUCUUAUUAUUUCUGUGGUCCCUGCUAUACCUAGUAAAAACCUGGACAAGACUUGGGUAAAAAGUGACUUGAGAGAAAAGUCAUCUAAUAGAGUUGGAGUAGGAUUCUACGUGUAGAAGAAGAAUCCUACACGUUUUUGGAGCACAAUUUCGACAAAAAAUAACUCUAUUAAAGCAAGACUAAUUUCACCCAAUAACUUACUUUUUAGAGUUGUAUUGUUCUUGCCCACCCAAAAGCAAAAAUCGUCCAAGGUUUGACUAGGCAAAUAGCAGAAGACUGCAGCCCUGGAUUCAUGUUGUUUGGAAGAUUUGUGCAACUAUUUCAAGAGAUUAAUCAUGUCUUUGUCAUUCAACCCACUUACCUCAAUAUUGAACCAAAACAAGUUAGAAGGAUCGAAUUAUGUUGACUGGAAAAGGAACCUUGAUAUUGUCCUAACCGCUGAAGGUUACAAAUUUGUAAUCACUGAGGAGUGCCCAGAAAAACCUGAAAAUGCUACUGAUGAUCAGGUUAAGGCCUAUGGCAAAUGGGUUAAGGCCGAUGAGAUGGCGCGAUGUUGCAUUCUUGCCUCUAUGGCGAAUGUUUUGCAACAUCAGCAUCAGUCUAUGGGGUCUGCUUAUGAUAUGCUCGAAAGUCUCAAAGAGAUGUUCGAUGAGCAAAAUCGUGCAGCUAAGCAGACAACCAUGAAAGCCCUUUUGAACACCAAGAUGGCUAAAGGAUCAUCGGUCAGAGACCAUAUUCUGAAGAUGAUGAGUCUUCUGAAUGAACUGGAGGUCCUUGGAGCUGUGAUUGAUAAGGAGUUUCAAGUUGAGAUGGUCAUGCAGACUCUGCCUGACAGUUUUCAACAGUUUCGCUUGAACUAUAAUAUGAACAAAAUGGAUUUGUCACUAGCGAAAUUAUCGAAUGAGCUGCAAGCAGCAGAAUCUAUUAUCAAACAACAAGCUUCAGUUGUGGCACUCAAUGUUGAGAAAGCUUUGGUUUCUAAGUCGAAAGGCAAUAAAAAAAGAAGAAGGCUCAAAAGGUUUUGGCACCUGGUGGUGCGGCUGGUGUGAAAAAGCCCAAAGGCAAGUGCUAUCAUUGCAAGCAACUUGGGCAUCACAAGAAGCAAUGCCCUGCCUAUCUGGCAAAGUUGAAUAAGCAAGGGGUUUCAGGAAAUGCGGCGGUUAAGUGAGAAUGAAGUUUGCGUUUUUCAAGCCAAUGGCGAGCCAGCACCAGCUUUAGCUUUAGGAGAUAUUAGAGUUUCGUUUAGUAGUGAUAGAGUUUUAGUUUUAAAAGAUGUUCUCUAUGUACCUUCUAUUAGAAGGAAUUUGAUUUCGGU